CGGCUAUCCGUGUCUGCCAAGCCCUGUUCCUGGACCAGAUGGCCAAUAAGGGAAGGCGACACAACCGGCGCUAUACCUGAACGGUACUAGGGCGUUCACCUUGUGUCCCCUAGCCCGCGAGUCUCAUCUCGUCUCGCCCGGAACAGUGCUGGACAGCAGACAACGUGACCGGACUAGCUGGAUUCAUCGACACCUCGCUCAGACCUUCAUUUCACCUUCAUCUCACCAACCUCCCUCCCUCCUCAACCUCGCUGGUCCUUUUUCCUUCUCCUACUCUUCUUCUUCUUCUUCUUCUUCUUCUUCUUCUUCUUCUUCAUCCGCUCUCUAUCGUCUUCCCACUUGGGAACUUCCACUCCUUUGGUCUGCUGCUGUUGUCGUCAUUGUCGUUUUUGGCGCUUAUUAUGCCCUCCACGCCGCUCCUUUGACCACCACCCAACAUUGCCCAACUCCCUAUCGUUCGUUUGCUCUGUUCUGGUCGCCGUGGCUGCGUCUCGUCCUACUUAUUGCUCUUCGUAAUCGACAAACAAUCCUUCCAAUAUUCCCCCCCCCUCCCCAACCCCGCCGCCCGUGUUACCUCCUUCUACUGCAAGGUUGCUUUGCUUAUGUGAACGUGACACUGGCAUGGGAUAAGCCGCUCCUUUUGGGUCACAAUAAUAUAUCAGUCAGACAGCCGCGUUGAUUCGGGGCUUCUAUUCCAGUCUUGAAGAAGAAGGAAAUAGGACUGAUCUGAUUCCUUUCACAAGAAAAAAAAAAAAAAAAAAUCUAUUCUCUUCCAUAUUUAUAACUCGUCUCUCGAAAGAGAGAAUACCGAGUUAUGCAUGGUCACAAUCACUUCCAUAGAAGGGCUCAUCCUCCUCCCACCGCCGUUGUCGCGCCUACCUUGCUCCUGAAAAGGGCUCCCGCAGCAGAUUCCACCUCGGCCGCAGCCACACCCAUAAAAUCAUGUGGCCCCGAUGACACCACAGGAGUGUGCGAGAGACCCUCCAGCCUAUCUUCCACCACACUCCCCAUCGUUCUAGGAGUGGUUAUCCCCCUUGUCACUGCGAUUGUCGUACUCCUCAUUUUGCACCGUCGCCAUGUUAGAAAGUUACGAUUUGAAGAUGCCAAUGAUAAACACAAAUCUCUAGAUUUCGGUUUGGAUAUUGUCCCCUCGGGCAACAAAAAGGGUCGGCAUGGUCGGAAGGGUGGAAUGGAAAUGACCACCACUGACACGGCGGAAAAGCCUACUGGAAGGAAUCGUGGUCUUUCUUUAGAUAUCACCAUGACCAGUCCGUAUCUCCUCCCUCCAGGUCUCAAUGGCUCCCAGGACUCGCUACACUCCUUGUCAAGAGCUGCUCAUGCAGAUGAUGACAAAUACCGCACUGCGGCAGCCUUUUCCCCCAGCGACAAUGGAUCUAUGCGGUCAUUUCCCGGCCACUUUAGGCCGUUCCCUGAUGAUUCUUCCAGUUUUACCGGCAUGAGUACUCGACAUGCUCCAGCCGGUGAUGAGAUGCAUGCUAAUCUCCUCACAAAUGCACAGCGCAUGUCCAGAGCGAGUCCUCCUCAUCAUGGAAAUGACACUCAUUCUAUAGGGUCAAACCAGAGCCACAGGAGCCCUCCACGCAAGCCAGCAACACCCACCCCUAAUAUCGUAUCCGAUCGAUCUGGCAUCCAUUCUCCGGACCGCUCACUUGUGCCCCAAACUACACUCACACCUGGAAGCGAGCUCAGGAAGAGUAAUGAUUACCUGGGUGCUCUCAUCCAACGAGGUACCACUCCAGUGUCCGGUGACCAUAGCGAGCCCCCUCCACCACAAGGCCAAGCCGUUUCUCAGAAUACUCAAGCCGAUGAAUUGCAUCUGACGACAAUGCCUGCGGCUUCUGCACCUUCAUAUGUUCUCCCAGCUCCUGACAAUGACCAGCCCGAAUCAAGUUCCCACCGGCAGUCGCAGUCGCACUCUCACGCCCCGGCCUCGACCUCGGUUCCGACUCCGGCUCCGGCCCCAACCUCAGCCCAAGCAUUGCCUCGCAUUUCUCUUCCAUCAGAUGAUGACGAAAGCGACUAUGGGGAUGACAAAAGAAACUCAACCCUAGUUCUCCCGCAGGUGAACAUUGACGCCCCAGAACCGAACACCCCUCAACCAGGCGAGAAAGCACGUCUGUCUACUAUGUACGGUCUCCCAGAUGACCAAGGGUACAAGUUCGACACCCGACGUCUGACAGUCGGCAUCCGCCCGCUGCCACCAGAAGACCCAUCUGACAACCCUGAACAACGGGCCAAUCGCAUCCGAUCCUUCUACAAGGAGUAUUUUGACGAGAGCAACAAACCUGCUGCUCCGCAAGAGGAAUAUUACGAAGACUACGGCCAGGAUGACUAUCACGAAGACAUGCCGUACGAUCCAGGCUACCACCCUGACCCCUACAACUACGGAGGCGGCGGUGAUGACAUGGGUUUCUACCCUCCAGAACCAGCCCCGUUCGCCCAGCCCGUCGGUCGCCGCGCCAUGACCCCACCGCCCCGAAUGCCGCCAAAUUUCUACGCCCAGCCACCGCGCCACCAAGGCGCCUCGUCCGCCUUUGGCUAUGCAGCAAGCCACAGGACAUUCUCCUCAACCUCCGGUGACCCAGGCCCUCGUGCGUUCUCAUCGAUAUCUAACCGGGGACCGCCAAUGCCCCGGAAACCUCAACUGCCGCCACCAGGUCCCCUCCACAUCCUCCCCAGCGCGCACAAGCUCAAGGAUGACACCAUGAUUCUUCCCAUCGAUUUCGCUCCUGGUCCCACCGUCAAAGAACGUAAAGCAGGUCGUUCUGAGACGCGUCAGGGGAGGCCUACGACCUUAUGUCCCCGUGCGCCCGGCACAUAUCCCCUUGGCGUCUUCAUAUGAUGAUCUCGCAGCCGUGCCUAGUCCUCAUGCGCUUCCGCAAAAUCCGGCACCUACACUGCCCUCGACUUUCGCAACACCCCCUCGCUUCAGAAAUGCCGAAACAGCCAGUGACUCAGAGAGCAUCCGCAGCAACCGCACCGGCGUCUCCGCAGCACAUGCGUAUAAUAUCCGCGCUGGUGGUAUCGGGUUAGUCGUCUGCCGCCUGAAGCUGCCGGGACGGGUGCAAGAUAUUACGUCAAAUUUGAAGCCCACGUGGGAUAUGAAGACGUAGGAGUUUUAAUUUUUAAUUUUUGGUUUGGGUUUUUUUUUUUUUUUUCUUUUUUUUUUUCUUAAAUGGGUUUGAUAUUUCGGAAACCCUUUCGCAUUUCCUUUGCCGACAAUUUCAAAUUUAUUUAUCGUGCUUCUUGCUUCAUUUAUGUUUGGUGCGGGGGUUGGGUGUCCCGUGCUUCGCUUCCUUCAUUUCCUAAUUUGAACCGUGGUUGCCUGGGCCUGGUUUCUAUAUAUUCGUGGGCCCUAUGGAAAGUGGUAUAGGUGAGGGCUCGAGGCCGAAAUGGUGAAGGCUGUGGGUAACGGGGGGGGGGGGGGUUGAAUAUACGUUUCCGUAUGUGUGUGGGUGUGAGGGCCGGGGCGCGUGUGUAAUGAUCUAAUCUUAACUAGAAACAUAUCUUCUUUUCACAUACUUCUUGCUUUAUCGUUUAUAUGUCUUAUUUGAUGCUGUGGGCCGGAUCCAUAGUGAUGGGUGAGAGGCGGAAGGCAGAAGGGAGGGGGGGGACACUUCAUUCAUUUUUUCUAACUUCCACUGCCAUUGCCACCCACUAUCCUAUCCAUCCAGCAAAUUGUCUGUCUAAUUGUCGUGUGGUCGGGGGAUAUGGGAAAUUGACAAAAAUAAACAAAAAGGAGGAAAGGAGAAAUAAACAGGACUGGAAAUAGGGGGGGAAUGGUUAUUUUUUCUUCUCUGAUUUUUCCAAUGUUUUUAUCCCGCUCAUUUAGUUACAUAUAACUAGAGGCUGACUAUGUCUAAUGACUUUUAUAUCUACUAGAGAAAAUAACAAGAUGAUUAAUCUAUUUUUAUUUUAUCUACCCCAUAA